AUACCGGCAGCGAUGCAAGAGAUAUGCAACACCGCCGCACUGCCGCUCGACAGUAAUCCACUCGUGCGCAAGAUAAAAUGCGAAGAGUUCCCCACGAUCAGAGGGAAGCAGCCCGCGAGAGUUGGCAUGGGGGUACGCGAUGAGAUGGAAGACGAGUUCGCGGUGAAGACGAGGAACACGCCGCCGAUGGGGCCCGCGCCGGGGCAGGAGCACCCGCGCAUGGAGCACGGGGGCAACGGCUUCUGGCUGGCGGCUGUGACCGCGGCCGGCGCGCCGCACCCGAUGCUGGACACGUGCACCGAGACCGGCUUCAUCAACAGCCAGCCGUCCAUGGCGGAGUUCAUGACGGCGUUGCCGCAGCUGGGCGCCGGCGAUCUCAGCCCGCAGCACACGCCGCCCGGGUACGCGCCCGAUCUGCCCUCGCCCGGCGGCGGCCUCAACGUGCCCGAGUACCCUUGGAUGAAGGAGAAGAAAACCACCAGGAAGAGCAGUCAGCAAGAAAAUGGUCUGCCACGAAGACUGCGAACAGCGUACACAAAUACACAACUCCUGGAGCUGGAGAAGGAAUUCCACUUCAACAAGUAUCUGUGUCGACCGAGACGAAUCGAGAUCGCUGCUUCAUUGGACCUCACUGAACGACAGGUAAAGGUCUGGUUCCAAAACCGCCGCAUGAAACAUAAAAGACAGACGCUAAGCAAAAGUGAAGACGGCGAUGAUAAAGAUUCAACCACGUCUGAAGGUGGCAAGAGCAAGACUGGCCUUGACAAAUUCUUGGACGACGACGGCCCGUUGUCGGGCAAAAAGAGUUGUCAGGGCUGCGAGCUGCCGCCGGGUGCGCUCUGCUCACCCGCCGAGGACCUGCCGGAACUAACAUCUCGCACACGAAACAACAACACGCCCAGUGCUACAAACAACAACAGCUUCGCAAGCGACGGGGCCUCCAGCGUUGCCUCGUCCUCUUCACUCGACAAACUCGCCGAAGACGACUCUCGAGAUGCACACCCUCCAACCAACGUCGCUGUCGUGCCCAGGAACCUUGCCAAAAGAAUCAAGCAAGAAUCCAGAAAACGAUCGCCAUCGCUUGACACAGCGUGCAAAGUAUCUCCGUCAUCAUCCAAGGACGGUGGACUUGGCCCGAUCGGUUUACCCGAUGGCGCCAAAUUUUCUUCUGUCAGUUUAACUCCGUCGUCGACCCCGGGUACUCCCUCAAGUAUGCACCAGAGUCCGCUUGGUCAUUACCCCCGCCCCUCGCCACCGAAUGGACCUCAAGGCGUCCCCCCACAUCCUCAGGCCGUGCCUAAUGCCAUGCCUCCCUACGUUAUAAGAGGCAAUGCGCCACCGGGACAAUUCAUGCCUCAUCCUGACUUCCGAAUGGAUUCAAAGCAAUUCGUGGGCAAAUUGGCCCAAUAUCCACAAUCCAACAGGAAUUAUGAAGCCUACGGACCCACAAUUCAGGGUUCAGAACAACAUGCGUACGCACGAAGCCAACAACACGCAAGACAGCAGGACGGGUCGCCUUCUGGCAGACCGACAAACGGCAUUGGAGCAAGACAGACGUACCCCCACGAAAUGUAUCAAAAUUAUGGUUAUCCGGCAUCGUACAGCAAGGAUCAAGUGGCGUACGGGCACCCAGGUUACGACCAGACUCAAGGGUAUCCCGGAGAACAUAUGGGUUACCCGAACAGCCACUAUGGCUACCAUUACCAUGAGGGAGCUCAGCACGAGCACGCGCACAACUAUUACGGAAACGAGGGCCAGAAGAACGCGCACGGUCAGGAAUACGCGAAGAACGCAUACUAUGACGCGAGUAGCUACGCGAGCCAGCAGGCGAGUGCUGCGGGGUACGUGGCGGGGAGCGGCCAAAGUGCGGCGCCGGGCGAGGCGUACGUGGGCGCGGGCGGCGGCGGCGGCGGCGGCGAGUGCGCCGACAGCUACGGCUCGUUCCAGCAGUUCUACGAGGCCACGCAUGCGCCGCCCGCCGGUGACAACUCCAACUCCUCGUCCGACUUCCACUUCCUCAGCAACCUGGCCAACGACUUCGCCCCCGAGUACUACACCAUUUGAGAUAAGGACUUCGCCGAGCAGGCAAGCGAUCUGUUCGUAUAACGCACCUCAGCGUUGUUAUUGUGUAAAAAGGCUAAAUAUUAUAAGGGUUACGGUGUUUAGUGACGAGUGUUCGCCAAAGGCGACAGAAUACGUGAUUGGUAAACCUAACUCUUUUAGUAAACUAAUGUUAUGUAAUCGUAAGUUAUAAUGUACUAAAAUGUAAAUACAUAUUUAGCAUACUUUCAAUAGAUGAUACAAAUAUUUUUACUGAUACAUGCGUACGUGACUAAAAUUAGGUGCUGAUAUUGUCGAAAGAAAGAGUCGCUCUUCGUAAGCAGAAUGGACAGUUGAGACAGUUUGAAAACUACUUUUCUAAAUUAUAAAAGUAAGUUAAGUAAAUUACUAUGA